CACAUACAUUCUCCUCUCACACACAUAUAUUCUCCUCUCACACACAUACAUUCUCCUCUUUCAUACACAUAUGCUGCUUUAACACAUGAAAUGUGUGUGAGACCUCUUUUUGUUUUUUGCUUGGCAUCUGGCACAGGAAGUUCUUCUCUGUACUGGAAGUAAUUCUUAAACCAGGAAAUUCUUUAACAGGAAUUGCUUAGCAUGUCCGGAGGAGGUAAUAAUUUGCAGAAGAACAUAAUACAAUGAUGCUAUUGAAAUUCAUUACGAUUCCUUUUUUAAUGUUUUUCAAUUUGGAAGUAAAAAGCAAUGAAAAUGAUUUAAGAUAUUUUUUUGAAAAUGUUUUGGGAUGUAUUGAAGAAAUACAAAGAGAACCUGCAGACUUUUUUCAUCAGAGGCUCCACGAAGACCUUUGUGAUCAUUUUCAUAUUUUAUCUGGAUUACUGACAAUCCCAAGUUUUGUUCAAGAUUCCAGAAACAGACAAGUGGUUGGUAUGUUAGAGUCUUUAUAUAGCUGUCUACAAUUUUUGCUGAGUGUCUAUGAAACCAGGCAAAGAAGCAGGUCUGAGAACAGAGAAGUUCUUUUGCCACCACCAGUUAUGACUAGACAUCAAGGUCGACCUCAGUACAGCAUUUCAGGAGAGCAGAUCUCUCAUUUAGUGUCCCUUGGAAUGAACUGGCAAAAUAUGGCAACGUGCUUGGGAAUAAGCCGUCGGACCCUCUACAGGCACAGACAACUGCUUGGGAUUCAGUCACUUACAUAUUCAACAAUAUCAAAUGACAAUCUCAACAGAGUUGUUGGUGAAAUUCUCCAAUCAACCACAAAUGCUGGUGAAAGGUAUGUUCAUGGCAGCUUGAGGUCACGUGGAUUACGCCUUCAAAGGUGGCGUGUUAGACAGAGUCUACAAGAAGUUGACCCCAUUGGGCGGUCUUUCAGGAGACGUCAUGCAAUACGUCGACGGAUUUAUCAUGUCUCUACUUCAAAUCAGCUAUGGCACAUAGAUGGAAACCACAAACUUGUGAGGUGGAGGAUGGUGUUUCACGGCUGUGUUGAUGGUUUUAGUCGGACCAUCAUCUACCUUGCUUGUCUGGACAACAACAGAGCCUCAAGUGUUUUAUCACUAUUCAUUGCUGGUACUCAAAAUUUUGGAAUACCAUCUAGGGUGAGAUGUGAUCAUGGUAUGGAAAACACUGGUGUUGCCCGUUUCAUGCUUCAUAGGAGAGGGUUAAGUAGAAGUAGUGUUAUUACUGGGAGGUCAGUGCACAAUCAAAGAAUUGAGAGAUUGUGGGCAGAAUUGAAUCGAGUUGUGUCAUUUCAUUUUGCUAAUCUGUUCAGUUUUAUGGAGGAAGAAGGUGUACUAGAUUCUCUUAAUGAACUACAUUUGUUUUGUCUUCAUUACAUUUAUUUGCCACGAAUUCAAAGGGCUGCUACUGAAUUUCAGAAUCAGUGGAAUAACCAUGGUCUUUCAACACAAGGAGGGCAAACACCUCUUCAGCUGUGGCAGCAGGGUGUUAACAGUGCAGGAAUACAUGACCCAACAAACUUUUGA